AUUGGCCAACGCCUGGCGAGUAAGCGGCAAUGUUACUGCCGUGAGAUCUGUGGCUGACAUUGCGCUAAAACCUAACUUCUCCAGCAUCCAGCGGAAAGCUAUGGUGCAAUAUAAACUCGAAGACGCGCACAGUCCUACCUGUCCAUUCUUUUCUUAAACAGUCUGACAUUGUAGCUAUGAGAUUACUUUCGUUGAUAGCGAUAUUGCCAUCGCUGGCUAAUGCAGCGGCUACUUCAAAGCCUCAAUCUCCGAUUUGUAUUGUUGGCGCCGGCGUAUCCGGCCUUACGGCGGCCAAGGCACUGGAAGAUAAGGGUUACAAGACUGUCAUAUUUGAGAAACGCGAUACUGUUGGUGGUAAGUGCCAGUCACAUUAUGAAGAUGGCCAAUACUUCCCGCUUGGCGCUGUGCUCUUUACAGAGAGCCCGAGCUAUGCAGAGACUUUCAAAGUCGUUAGUUCCUCUGGGGUAGGCUUCGAUAAGUUUGACCCUGCAUACGUCUAUGAUUACGACCCAAAGACUGGAGCUGCGGCUUUGAACCAGCCGCCAACCCCUGCAGUUGUCCAGGCCUUGCAGGAGGAGCUGGCGCGGUAUUCUGCUCUUUGGCAGAAAGACUUUGCUCCUAUUGGAGUCCCUGGCUAUAAGAAUGGCGUCCCUAAAGAAUUUACUGUUCCUGCUAAAGAAUGGCUUCUCUCAAACAACUUUCCCGUUAUAGCUUCUGUUAUCAACCGCGGUGCUGGUAAUUACGGAUACGGCGCCUAUACCGAGAUCCCAAUACUAUACUACCUGCAGUUCUUUGCACCAGAUAUCAUUGCGAGUUUUAUUGGAACGGUGCAGCCUUACAAAACAGACUUUUUUCAGGUCUUCAAACGUAUCUCCAAGACCAUCAAGGGACCAAUUCAUCUCAGUGCUAAAAUCGAGAGAAUAGAUCGAAGCCGUCAGCCAAGCAUUCGAUACAGCAGUACUAAUGGGCGGCAUACAAAGACACAGCUCUGCUCAGAUAUUAUCAUUGCAUUCCCUCCCACAUCUCAAGCUCUCAAAGAAUCAGGACUGGUGCUUUCGCCUGCUGAGAAAACUCUUUUUGCACAAGUUGGCGUCAACAGCUAUUUCUCAUCCGCCGUCCGCAUGAGCAAGCUUGGCGACAACCUGACUGUCUCCCAGGAGCUUCCAGACCUUCUCGACCCUUUCAAAGCCGAAGGCCAACCUGUAUACCUAACUCCAUUGCAUCCAGAGUCCAGCAUCGUCAGCGUCUACUCGGCAGAUGACCCUGCGCACCCCAGCGUCACCCGAGUCAAGAGGCAUCUUAUUCGUGAUUUGAGCAAGAUUAACAAAGACUUAGAAAAUGCUUAUGCUGUUAGCACAGAUCUUAUUGCUGCAGAUAUACGUGCAUUCAGUGGGAGGAUCGACUAUUUCCCUCAUCUGGGACCUGAGGCAUUAUCAGAUGGUUGGUAUAAGAAGUUUAAUGAUCUCCAAGGAAAAGAAUAUACAUACUUUACUUCUGGACUAAACAGCUUCGAGCUUGUUGAAUACACGAUUCGGGCUGCUAGGGAUUUAGUGGCAACGCACUUCUGAUCGGAAAUGAUAACGAACGAUGGUCUUCUGCAGCGCCGUUCCGGGUCUUCAGCAAACUGUAACAGUCAGCCAACCUGUUCAGCACACUUAUUCCCUGCCGGUCAUGUUACUUAGGUACUUUUCAAUUAUAUAGCCAGAGCCGCUGAGUGAGACUUUCGAUUUUCAUAAAGCUGUUUUCUUGCUUGGUGCCAGAGAACGACUGCCUUCUUCACAAACUCAAAUGUAUUCCAUAUA